AUGCAGAACGCGGAAAAUCAGGAUGGUCACCAGACAGCGCCGAUGUCAUCAGACGAAUCUGACGCGCCAAAGACGUCGCUUCGACGACUGACAAAAAUCAUCCAGAAUCAGGACGAGAAUGAAAAGCUCAAUCCCUUUGGACUUGCUUUGGCUGCAUUUAUCCUCGGUUGUUGCCUUAUUUGUCCAAUGAAUACAGGAAGCAAUGACGUAGACUUGCUUGCUCAAUUUCUCAAAGCCGAUUCAGACAAAUCCUCCACCGUCGUGAUGUACUUUGCCACGGGUUAA